AGCCGCGGAAUCGCGCGAAGUAAUUCACAAGUGCUGUAGUCGGUGUCCCACGCUUGUUGUACGGCGUGCUCUAACGAAAUGUGUGCUGCUUUCCUGACGACGUUUAGUCGUUGAUUGACGUUCGACAAGUGCGCUUGGUGUUCUGCGGUGUAAACAUACGCGCUGGGAAAUAGUGACUCUGUUGAUAAUACAUCUGGUGCUGUUUACUUUAUUGGAUAAUUACUGCUAUGGAUACUAUAGUUUAAAAAAAAAUAUAUAUUACUGAACGAUCUUAAUAAUUAAGUUUUCAGUGUUGUUGUUAUUGCUGCUUAGCUGGAGUUUGUACCACUGACAAUGUUAACAUCAAGUGUGUCUCAGUAUUUACACCCGGACUAUUUUGAACCGCUACCAACUACACUGGAUGCCAAGAAGAGUCCACUAGCUCUGCUGGCACAGACAUGCAGCAGCAUUGGCAAGGACUCGUCUCCUUCGAAACCCAUCAUACCUCCACUGGAGAAAAAGGAAAAUACCAAAACGCCCGAUAAAUUCGGCAUCAACGACAGCAGCAAACGCCCGGGCUCUGGCGACGGGAAGGAUUCGGGAAGAGACUCAAAGCCUGGAUUCAGGACAGUGCCUCCAAAAGUGAUUCCAUCAUCAGUGAGUUCUUCUGGACAGGAAGGAAGCGACAAGCUUACGAACGGUGACAUUUCUUCUUCUCAUGGAAGCAAAUUAAACUUGGAUUUAUCACCAACAUCCUCAAAAACCUCCAGUUCUAGUUGUGUGCCAAAAUCAUCGUCGUUGUCGUCGUCGUCGUCCUCGGAUUCUCACGACCACCACCACCACCACAGUCCGUCUAAGAGCUCGCGGGUGGAGAGGGAGCACCAGGACUCGUAUCACCACUCCAGAUCUCACUCUCUCUCUCCACACCACUCCCACAAACCGAACACAGUCCCCACCACAGUGAUACAGUCGCCGGUCACCUCAGUGGACACUACCAAGCUGUCUGCCAACCACAGUUCCCUUCUGUGCGGAGUGCCGGGUGCUGCUGGACAUUACGGCUACCCUCCCUUCGUGAGUCCCUAUGACAUUCCAUCAUCUAUGCACGGCUACCCUGCCUACCUGGCCGCACACGCCAGUCUGUCGGCAGCUACGGCAGCUGCUGCAGCGGCUCAAAGCACGGCGUUGAAAGCCAACGCGGCAGCAGCAUCAGCAGCAGCUUUGUCGCCGUAUGUUGCGUACACUCGUGUCAGGACUCCAUCAGGGGCGACGACUCUCGUCCCAGUGUGUAGAGACCCCUACUGUGCAAACUGUCAGCUGACAUUACAGAGCGCUCACGUGUCCUCGUCCUGUACUGUCCCGGGGUGCGCUCAGUGCGCCCACGAGAAAAGUCUGUUGAGUUUGUCGAACGGACUGGGAUUACCCAACUCUUCGUACUUGUCCUCGCUGUCUGCAGCCGGAUCGCUGCCCCAAUCUCUGAACUCUCUCUAUCCAGGAAGCGCUCUUGCUGCUCACCAAGGACUUCCAUACAUAUGCAACUGGGUUGCUGGAAGUGACUAUUGUGGGAAGCGGUUUUCGUCGUCUGAGGAGCUGUUGCAGCAUCUGAGGACACACACGUCAGGCACGGAAGCUACGGGUUUCCCUUCCUCUUACGGGCUGGGAAUCCCGUCCGCGUUGUCGUCUGCUUGUCACGGACAUUUGUCUGGCGCUGCUCCGCCAAGCCCGACGUCCCUCAGACGAGCAGGCUACCCGACCAGCUUGAGUCCCGUCAGCAGUCUUCUCGCCUCCAGCAGAUUCCACCCUUACAAGACCCCACUGCCCACCCUUCCACCGACUCCAGGGCAGCCGUAUGCAGGACUAUCGCCGUAUUAUUCUCCAUACACUUUGUAUGGACAGAGACUGGGAGCUGCUGUCCCUUAAAUUAUCAAUGUGUUAACGUUAAAGGAGUACUAUCGGCUCUAUCCUAUUUUAAAAGCAUUUCUGUGGUUUUUGGACAAUAUCAUAGUGUACUUGCUAUCAGUUCUUACCAGACUGACAUUUUGUUUGUUUGUUUUAUUUAUUUUAGUUCAUGUGGUUUAUUUUAAAUCUAUAAAAUUUAAUAAAUCUUUUUUACCAUUAGAUUUGCUGAAUUUUGUCCUACGGUCUUGAUAUUUUGUCUUUUUUAUAUAAACAAAACUGUACCUAAAAAUAAUUUUGUAGGAAGAUGAGAAAAAAAAUCACAAUCAAUAUAGAAAUCCGCAUGUGUGUGUUCAGUGGAUAGUGUACCUUUAAUUGUAAUUGUAAUUCUUUGUUUUAAACCUUAUGUCUGUCUCGUAUAAUGAGUUGUUAUUUAAAAAGGUACCAUCAAACAACAAUUUGCUCGUCGAAAAUUGAAAUUGUUUCUUUAAUGAUUCAUUUUCUUUCAAAUUUGUUAAACUAUUUCUUUAUAUGAAAAUAUACCAUAUAAAACGCUGUGUAGUGAAUUGUACUCAUACCACACAAGCUGAUAUUGCUCCUUUAACGAUAAAGAAUUUGUUCCAUCAUGGUUUUUUUAAACUUGCUGUGCUCAUGUGAUAGAAGAUGUAUCAAAAUAAUAGAUUUUUUUGUAUGUGUUUUUGAGACAGUCAGUCGUUUUCUUGCAGUGUAGGAUUGAAUAUCUGGAUUAUUAAUUUCGGAUAGAAGCAUUAUUAAUUUGCAUAUUUUGAAUCUAUCAGAUCAGAUGGCCAUUAAAUGACCGAUACCUUUUACUAACAAAAUAAUAUGAAACGCUAUAAGUGCAUUUUGAAUGUAUAUGUUUAUGAAUAAAUGCAUAUUUAUGUAAUGGAAAUGCACGAUCGUGUACGUUUUGUCAGUAAAGAAAUUAUACAUCA